CGCAGUGAAAAUACAAGAAUGAAAAUGGAAGACGGAUGCUAUAGAAGCCCCAUCCGCCUAAGGCUUUCGGAGCACUCCUUGCGAUCGCGUCAGUACGACUGAGUGUCUGGUCAAGAUGAUGAUGAUGAAGAAGAAGAAGAAUCACUGGGAUUUUCUGGAAGAAAUUGAAGCUCCUAUGUGGGUGGAUCUCACAUUAGAAGUCGAUUCGAACAAGCAAGAUGGUGAUGAUGAUUGGUUUUACACAAGCCACUUGUUCCACCAAUGUUCUUCUCGUGAGUUGAAGAUUGCGUUUUCUCAUUCUGGGGAGGAGAGUACGGCCUUAAACUUGGACUUACUUGGACCAUCUUCGCCAAAGCUUCCAUCUUCUGUGUCUAGAUCAAGAGGCAAAAACUAUGUGAGCAAGAAAUGGAGAGGGGACAACCAGGUUGUUCCGAUAGAUAAGCGACACCCUGUCAAUGUUCUGAGUGGGACAUCUUCCUGCGUGACUUCGGAAUCCAGUAAUAACAUGAAAACCAAACCAAGCUAUGCACAUCUGAAAGGAACUUCCCGUUCAAAGUCAAGUUGGGUUUCUAAAAGCAGCUCAAUUGGAAAUGGCAUGCCAAGUUGCUCUCAGCCAAUAUCUUCUUGUGGGGAUUCAACGUCUACGGAAAAGAAAGCAGAUGAAAGCAAUACAGCAAGCGCAAUUACACAUGAGAGUGGUCAGCAGCAACAGCAGAAUAUGGGAAAAUCAAGUCACCCUCUAAGUCAAGCAAGUGCGCUUUUGUCACUCCUAAAGACUGGUAUGAGGAAAAGCUGUGUUACAAGACAAGCAUCUAGAGUGGAGAUUAAUGGCGACAGAAGACAAUCAAGAGGACGUAACUCUUCAUCCGGCAAGUCUAGUGUUGGGUCAUCUUCAAAUCCUUGUUAUGAUGUCGGGAGUGCAACAUCUACAUCAAUGCAAUACAAAGAAAGAACACCAGACAGCAGAAAUAUGACAAGAUUAAGUAUUGCAGCCAAGAACAAAGUAAAAGUUUCUGAAGCAUCUAAAACAUCUACUAAUAAGAUUGAGCAAGGGACUUCUAACUACAGAAUGGAACCUAAUACUGGGAAGUCUACCUAUCGGCAAGCAGCAAAACCAAAGGUUCAAGUUCAGACUCUCAGAAGGAAACCUUUGGCGCCAGUUAGAGUUGAUGAAAACAAGUUAAUUACUGCUACUAUAAAGUCCAAAGAGAAACCAGUAGUUGGUGGGUCUUACAGAUUGGCUGCCUCAGGGAUAGAGAAUGUGAAAGGGCUGGCUGCAUCUAAUAAAAAAGAGAAUAUUGUGAAAGGGAAAGCCACUGGGAGUCGGACUCAGAAAUGCAAUAGCAAAGGUGUUGCUGCCGGAACCAAUGUUACUGGUCAGAAAGGGACAAGAAAUAGCAUUCAGCAAGGACAUGACAGAACAGGACUGGCUGGAAAGGAGAAUAUCCGUGUCAAAAGCCGAUUGGUAAGCGUGAAGGAUAUUUCCCAGAGACCCCAUUUCAGAUGAGAGACCAGUAAUGGAGCUGUCUGUAUAGUGUAACCUGAACUUCAGUUGUAAGCUUGACCUUAACCUCCCAAGAUUUUGGUGACACAUUUUGGUUCUUGCGGGAUUUUACUUUGCAGAAAUUCUCCGACCCGGAGAAAUGAUUCAGUAUAUGAAUGGAAGUUUUUCUCCUGAUUCCCAUA